GUACCACCGCCCACUUCCCCUCCCACGGUCUCUAGUUCGCGUCAUGGCCGCCGCCGCCACUCUGGAGGCGGUGGCUCCCACAGGCGCCCUGCGGGGCCUCGUGCACGACUUCGUCAUGGGUCAGCAGGAGGGCCCCGCUGACCGAGUGGCUGCAGGUGUGAAAUCUGGAAGCUAUACAGUGUUACAAGUGGUGGAAGCCCUUGGGUCCUGUUUAGAGAAUCCAGAACCCCGAACUCGGGCACGAGGAAUCCAGCUUUUGUCACAGGUGCUACUUCAGUGUCACUCCUUGCUCCUGGAGAAGGAAGUGGUACACCUGAUCCUAUUCUAUGAGAAUCGGCUGAAAGACCAUCAUCUUGUGAUUCCAUCUGUUCUGCAUGGUUUGAAGGCACUUAGCCUAUGUGUGGCGCUGCCCCCAGGGCUGGCUGUCUCUGUGCUUAAAGCCAUCUUCCAGGAGGUCCAUGUACAGUCCCUGUCACAGGUGAACCGACACACUGUCUACAGUAUCAUCAGCAACUUCAUGCGAACCCGGGAUGAAGAGCUGAAGGGCCUAGGAGCUGACUUCACCUUUGGCUUCAUCCAGAUGAUGGAUGGGGAAAAGGAUCCCCGUAAUCUUCUGAUGGCCUUCCGCAUCGUCCAUGACCUCAUCUCCAGGGACUAUACCCUGGAACCCUUUGUGGAAGAGCUGUUUGAAGUGACAUCCUGUUAUUUCCCUGUUGAUUUUACCCCUCCACCUAAUGAUCCCUAUGGUAUCCAGAGAGAAGAUCUCGUCCUGAGUCUCCAAGCAGUGCUGGCAUCCACAGCACAAUUUGCUGAGUUUCUGCUGCCCCUGCUGAUUGAGAAAGUGGAUUCCGAGAUUCUGAGUGCCAAGCUGGAUUCUCUGCAGACUCUGAAUGCUUGCUGUGCUGUGUAUGGACAGAAGGAACUGAAGGACUUCCUCCCCAGCCUUUGGGCUUCUAUCCGCAGAGAGGUGUUCCAGACAGCAAGUGAGCAGGUGGAGGCCGAGGGCCUGGCUGCUCUCCGCGCCCUGACUGCCUGUUUGUCCUGCUCUGUGCUGAGGACCGAUGCUGAGGAUCUCCUUGACUCCUUCCUUAGCAGCAUUCUACAGGACUGCAGGCACCAUCUAUGUGAACCGGACAUGAAACUGGUGUGGCCUAGUGCCAAACUGCUGCAGGCAGCGGCAGGUGCCUCUGCCCGGGCCUGUGACCACAUCACCAGCAACGUUCUGCCUUUGCUGCUGGAGCAGUUCCACAAGCACAGUCAGAGCAACCAGCGGCGGACAAUCCUGGAAAUGAUCCUGGGUUUCUUAAAGCUGCAACAGAAAUGGAGCUAUGGAGACAAGGGGGAGAGGCCUCUGAGUGGCUUCAAGGACCAGCUGGGCUCAGUUGUAUUCAUGGCCCUGGCAGACCCCAACGCCCAGCUUCAGCUUGUUGGCAUCCGUACACUCACAGUCUUGGCUGCCCAGCCAGAUCUCCUGUCUUCUGGAGACUUGGAGCUGGCAGUGGGUCACCUAUACAGAUUGAGCUUCGUGGAAGAGGAUUCCCAGAGUUGCAGGGUGGCAGCACUGGAAGCAGCAGGACACCUGGCCACUCUUUACCGUGCCUUCAGCAGCUACCCUAGUACCCAAGCUGCUGAGGAGCUGUGCGUGGGGGAGUUGGAUUUGGCUAGAGAGGAUGAGGCCAACAAAUGCGCCCGGCAUCUGCGCUGUCUGCAAGCCUUGUCAGCUGUAUCAACACAUCCCAGCAUUGUUAAGGAGACCCUGCCUCUGCUGCUGCAGCAUCUCUGCCAUUUGAACAAAGGGAAUAUGGUGGCAGGACCCAGUGAAGUUAUCGCUGCCUGUCAGAGCCUCCAGCAGCUGGCAGAAAACUGCCAGCCGGACCCCGAGAGCUGCUGGUAUUUCCACCAGACAGCGGUGCCUCGCCUGUUUGCCUUGGCGGUGCAGGCUUCCAUGCCAGAGAAGGAGCACUCAGGUAUAAGGAAAGUGCUUUUGGAGGAUGAGGUCUUGGCUGCCAUGGUGUCUGUCAUUGGCACUGCCACCACCCACUUAAGCCCUGACUUAGCUGCCCAGAGUGCCGCCCACAUUGUGCCCCUCUUCUUGGAUGGCAACAUCUCCUUCCUGCCUGAAAACAGCUUCCCUUGCAGAUUCCAGCCAUUCCAGGAUGGCUCCUCAGGACAGGCGAGGCUGGUUGCACUGCUUAUGGCCUUUGUCUGCUCCCUGCCUCGAGAUGUGGAAAUCCCUCAGCUGAACCAACUCAUGCGGGAGCUUUUAGAGCUGAGCUGUUGCCACAGCUGCCCCUUCUCCUCCACUGCCGCUGCCAAGUGCUUUGCAGGACUCCUCAACAAGCACCCUGCAGGACAACAGCUGGAUGAAUUCCUACAGCUGGCUGUGGACAAAGUGGAGGCUGGGCUGGGCUCUGGGCCCUCUCGUAGUCAGGUCUUCACACUGCUUCUCUGGGUAACAAAGGCCCUAGUGCUCAGAUACCAUCCUCUUAGUUCCUGCCUUACAAACCGGCUCAUGGGUCUCCUGAGUGACCCAGAACUAGGCCCAGCAGCAGCCGAUGGCUUCUCUCUGCUCAUGUCUAAUUGCACUGAUGUAUUGACCCGUGCUGGCCACGCUGAAGUGCGGCUCAUGUUCCGGCAGCGUUUCUUCACGGAUAAUGUGCCUGCUUUGGUGCAGGGCUUCCAGGCUGCUCCCCAAGAUGUGAAACCAAAUUACCUGAAGGGUCUGUCUCAUGUACUUAACAGUCUGCCUAAGCAUGUGGUCUUGCCAGAGCUGCCCACGCUGCUUUCCUUGCUGCUGGAGGCCCUGUCUUCCCCCGACUGUGUGGUACAGCUCUCCACCCUCCGCUGCCUUCAGCCGCUUCUAUUGGAAGCACCCCAAGUCAUGAGUCUUCACAUUGACACCCUCGUCACCAAGUUCCUGAACCUCAGCUCUAGCCCUUCCAUGGCUGUCCGGAUUGCUGCACUGCAGUGUAUGCACGCGCUCACUCGCCUUCCCACCCCUGUGCUGCUACCGUACAAACCACAGGUGAUUCGGGCCUUAGCCAAACCUCUGGAUGACAAGAAGAGACUGGUGCGCAAGGAAGCCGUGUCGGCCAGGGGAGAGUGGUUUCUGCUGGGGAGCCCUGGCAGCUGAGCCCUCUGUCCUGGCCUAGACUGUUCUGACAGACAAUCGAACCUGGAAUUACUAUCAGGCCAUCUUGGCAGGGCAGGAAGACCGCUGGCCUCUGCCUGCCUUUCCCACAGACACAGCACAAAUGCUGGACCUGUUACGUGGCUAUACAGGAAACAUGGGAAUCUUGAUUUACAACGGAUUUGUAAAGUAAUUAAGUGUGAGACUACUUGUGUUUGAAGAGAGAUCUUGAGGUUCCUCCAUUUGAAUGUCAGAAAAAGUGAGACACGCUGCUGAGCAGUGAGUGCAGCUGAGUGUAGCUCUGAGGAACCGGGAUGAUGCGUGUGUGUAUGUAUAUUGCUGGAGAAUAAAGCUUUCUUUUGAUAA